AUGGCUUCGGCGGCGGCGUGGGAGGGCCCGACGGCCGCGGAGCUCAAGUCAGCGGGGGCGGAGGCGAUUCCCGGCGGCGUGCGAGUGAAGGGGUGGGUCAUCCAGUCCCACAAAGGCCCCAUCCUCAACGCCGCCUCCCUCCAACGCUUUGAAGAUGAACUUCAAGCAACACAUUUACCUGAGAUGACACAAGCAAGUUUAGAUGGAUGCAGCACUUUGUGUUGGGAGGAUACUAAUGAUCGGAUUGACCUUGUUGCCCUUUCAGCAAAAGAGCCAAUUCUUUUCUACGACGAGGUUAUCUUGUAUGAAGAUGAGUUAGCUGACAAUGGUAUCUCAUUUCUUACAGUGCGAGUGAGGGUAAUGCCAACUGGUUGGUUUCUGCUUUUUGCGUUUCUGGGUAUGUUCUACUACCUUGCAUUUUAA